UUACCAAAUAGGUAUUCAGUUCACACCCACUAACCACAACAAAAUUCUUGAACAACUGAGCUUGAGAGUACGAGUGCUAGCGACGACAAACAAAGAAGCGAUACCUGUCUCUCCUAGCUGACUAGACUACAAUUCUUCUCUACAAAAUGGCAUCAGACGACCAAGCUGAUAUUCACGAUGCUUUUGCUCUAUUCGACAAGCGUGGAGACAACAAGAUUGAUGCUACCCAGAUUGGAGACAUAAUGCGGGCUCUUGGAUUGAACCCCACCGAGGCUGAGCUGAAAAAGAUUGUAAAGGAGGUUGACCCAAAUGGCCACAAAAGGAUAUCUUUUGAGGAGUUUCUGCCGCUGUUCAACUCUCAGAAGCAGAAGAAAGAACAGGGCUCCACUGAGGACUUUAUUGAGGGACUGAAGGUGUUUGACAAGGAGGGUAAUGGCUACAUCAACUCAGCUGAACUGAGGCAUGUCCUCACUUCUCUCGGGGAGAAGUUGACAGACGAUGAGGUAGAUGUACUCUUAAGUGGUGUUGAAGACAGUCAAGGACAAGUACUCUAUGAAGAUUUCGUGAAAAUGGUUAUGUCAGCCUAAAAGCACUCUCAACAGAACUGAUAAACAAUUAUGCUAGAGUAUUAGUUUUUAUGUCAAUAUUGAAGCAGAUUACAUUGCGCCCAACAUAAGUAUGUUAAGUACAUGUAUGCUACGUGUAGAUUGAUGAUUGAUAAUAAUUAUUAUUUAGUG